UCUGCAACAGCCUCAACCACCCAGUGUGUGUGUUUGCAGCCUGCAUAGCUUGCUGGCGGACUGUCACCUUCUUCUCCACUUGAAACUUCCACCACUUUGCAUGAGAUAAGCCUACUUACUGAUCGUUCUCCCGGCCGUGAAAGCGCGUCGGUGUGGCCGUGUUAAGUUUCUAGUACGUUUCUAGGGCGAUUUGCGAAGUGAAGAAAUCUUCCGGAGUGGAUUGUAGAAAACUUCACUAUCACGAUGCGAGCGAUUAACCUCGAUACCUAUAGCCUGUCACUGCUCACGGCCAAAGAGGACAUUCUCAACCCCCGCUCAUCAACCAACUGGGCUCUAUUUACCUACGAUGGGGUCACCAACAACCUCAAACUGGCUGACUCUGGAGCGGGUGGAGUGGUGGAGUUGUCAGGGAAGUUCCACAUAGCCAGGCCUUUGUAUGGGCUCUGCAGGGCUGGCUCAGCCGAGACAGGAGGCCCUCGGGUCGCCAUGAUCUGCUGGGUCGGGCCAAACGUGGAUGAAUACCGCAGGACGGAAUGUGCCAGCCAUGUGCCCGCUAUCAAGGCCUUCUUCAAGGAGGCUCAUGUGUUUAUCGGUGCUGAGAGUACUGAGGAUGUCACGGAGGAGAAGAUAGGCGCUGAGCUCAGUAAAGUCCGCCCCCAGACAGAGCAAGUCAGAAGAAGCUGUCGGUCCAAGGACACGGAGGAGACAGUGGGCACUAACUACAGGAAGACUAACGCUGCCAUGGAGAUGAGACGGGCCAACAGAGACUCCUUCUGGGCACGUGCAGAGCGUGAGGAGGAAGAGAGGAAGGACGAAGAGAGGAAGCGGGCAGUGGAGGACAGACGCCGUUGGGAGAAAGAGAGAGUACUGAAGGAACGGAAAGAGGCUGACGAGAGGGAGAGGAAAAUGAACGAGAAGCUACAGAUGAUCGAAGAGCAGAGGAGAAUGCAGGCCCAGCUGGAGGCAGAAGUGAGGAAGCAGGAGAAAUCAAGAUGGGAGCUGCAGCAGAGAGAGCAUGAGGAGGACAUGAGAGCUCGCUUGAGACGCAGCGAGUCCAUCGAGAAAGCAGCAGAGGCAGCAGUGCUGGUGUCACAGCGCUCCAUGAACCCCAGAGAGUUCUUCAGACAGCUGUCAUCAUCAUCGUCCCAAAGCCCAUCCAGCCCCGGCUCCCCCCGUACAGGCAAACCUCCAUUAAGGCGGUACCAGCGCAGCCUGACCGACACAGCAUUCAUCUUUGGGAAAUGGGACGGCCCCACUCCGACCUCCCCCCGCAGUCCAACAUUGGUUUCACCCUUCUCCCGUGUCCCCUCCUCCCCCUUCCACCGCACCAUGUCCCCGCCCAGCCCCAUCUUCCGCCCAAGCACCUCUUCCCAGAGCCCUCGCGCGCCCCUGGUGUCCCCUCCGAAAUCGGCCCUCCACUCUGCCCCACCUGUCUCAGCCCAGGCUACUCUCCCAUCACCCAACCCCCAGUUUCAGCUCCAAACCCAGCCCUCUGCCCUCCCAGCCUCUCCAGGUCUCCUUGCCAACGUGUCCCCCACCUCCCCUCUAGAGAACCAGCUCCAGGCCCAGUUCCUGCCCCACUCUCCCCAGUCCCAGCCUGAACGCUUCCCCUAUCCCCUAGUUUCCCUGAAGCCUGUCUCAGCACCACAGCCUCCUAGUGCCUCUGUGCCAGAGAGUCCACUGCAGCCAACAGAGCAGUACACAGCCGUACAAGCCAUACUGGUGGAGGAAGAGGAAGAGGAGGAAGAACAGGCAGAGCCUGAGCCCAGUGUUGAGGAUACAGAGCCAAGCCCAAACAUGGAGGAGGAAGAGGAGGACUCAACACCAGAUUCAGACUCUUUGUCAGCGCAGGGGCCUGUGGCGGAGGACCAAUCAGAUGACAGCCAGGCCUCUGCUAAGCCAGUUCUGGUGGAGCUUUCAGAAGAGGAUGAGGAGCCAGCUGUCACAGAUGCAGAGGUUAUUCUUCAGCCAAUCACACAGGAGGUUGUGGUUCCAUCCACCAAUGGGGUGAGAGACGAGGGGGAGUUGGUGGAACACAAUGGUACAGAACGAUCCAUGAGUCCACCCGAAAGGGACCAAGAUACUCCGGAGCUGGCUGUUUGUUUCGAUGAUGACAUGGAGGGGGACUUUGUUGAAGAGAAUGAGGACCAGGAGAUUUCAGAGAAUGGAAAAGAGAUUUCACCAGACAGACAGAUGUGUGUUCGAGCUCUCUAUGACUACCAAGCAGAGGACGAAUCAGAGAUCUCCUUUGAGCCAGGUGACAUCAUAAGUGCUGUGGAAACGGUGGACAAGGCCUGGUGGCGGGGCUUCAGUAAAGAUGGACGCCUGGGACUCUUCCCAGCCAAUUACGUGGAGACCAUCUAGACACACACACACACACACUCAGGGACUGAACACUCAUUCCCCUACAGUGAAACCACCAUAGUAUACAUGCUGCAUACAGACCCCUUAACUUCAAUAGACACAUUGGACAACUUCCAUUGGAUUCCAUGCGAUAAUUUUAUCCCCUUCCGACUCGGCUGUGUUGUGGGGGAAGCCAGUGUCUCCUGUUCUAACCACUGGCAGACUCCGAGCUGGCAGAAACACACAGUUGUGGACGAGCAAGAUCCCCCCCCCCCCUUUCCUUCACUCCACAAGGAGGAGGACUGGGAAAGAGAGGGACCACCAGAUGGGAUGUCUGCAGGCUCAAUGAGUCCCUCUUAUUACAACCUAAUAUUCUGAUGAUUGUUGUUACUGUUAGCAUACUGUCUGUGUGGAUGUGUCAUUCCCUUGGUACGUUUAACAGCGUUUUCCAUGUUAUUGAACUGAAACGUAAGGGACUGUCUUUCUUGUUUCUGUGUUGGUGUUAUUUUAUGUGUGCAUAAUCUGUGUUUUAUCUACACCUUUCUUUUUUAAAAUCCAAGCAGCAUGGUAUUCCUAUAUCUGAUACUAAUUGAUAGCAUUGUGCUAAUUUCACAUAAACGAAAAAUGCUACUUGUAAAUCAAACUGUCUCUUUGAAGUGAGAGCUUGUUAAAGUCAUUAAGUCUUAAUACACUUCUCUUGUACAUAAGAACGUAUAGUGACAUGCAUUUUGGUUUAUUUUGCUUUGUCAUUCUACAAGUGUGUCAUGGUUUGUGUUCCCUGCAUUUACUCCACAAAUAGUAGCCUAUGCCAUUUACAAACUCAUAAUACUCUUAACCUCUAGCUCAUAUAUAUUACAGGUCUCGUUAGUUUUUGUUCCUACAUUAAAAUACAAAUGCUAUUUUAAA